AUGGGCAAGGCAGCUCCUGUUAGCAAUCAGGGUCCAGACACAAACAAGAGAAAUGUGGUCUCAAGUGUGUUUGAUCCUGCACUCUCUCGAUUCGUUGGUCUCUCUCAAAAGCUCAAUGCGUGUUUUAAGUCACACUUGAAGAAUCUGACAGCUGAUAAUAAGCAAGGGAUUGGUUCUUCAUGGUGGCAAGACAGAGAAACCUCGUCAAGCUCAAUCCAAAUCGACUUGGAGAAACAGUUAGGUAACUGGAGAGAAAACCCUUCUUGGACAGAGCAGACUCCAGUCAUCAAGGUGAGUAUACCAAAAGGAUCACUUUGCAAUCUCAAAGCCUCGGUCAACGUUGGUCUACCUCCAGACGCAGUUUACAACAUUGUGAUUGAUCCUGACAACAGAAGAGUCUUCAAGAAUAUAAAGGAGGUUAUGUCGAGGAAAGUAGUGGUAGAUGAAGGGUUAAGACAAGUAGUGGAAGUAGAACAAGCAGCGUUGUGGAGGUUUCUAUGGUGGUCAGGAACAAUCUCAGUCCAUGUCUUGGUUGAUCAAAACAGAGCAGAUCACUCUAUGAGAUUCAAGCAAGUGAAGAGCGGUUUCAUGAAGAGAUUCGAAGGGAGCUGGAAAGUGAAGCCAUUGUUUGUGGACGAAGACAUGUGCGAUCGUCUGAAACCGAAGACGGUUGAGGAGUAUAACCGGUGCACCGGAGGUAAAGGGAGGAUCGGUUCCAAGGUGACGUUAGACCAGCUGAUACAACCGGCGAUUGUUCCGCCGCCGCCUAUUUCUUGGUAUCUGAGAGGGAUCACAGCCAAGACUACAGAGAUGCUCAUCAAUGACUUGUUGGCUGAGACAGGUAGGAUCAGAAGAGGUUUUGCCGCAACCGCAGGAGAUACAGGGGAUAGUGAUGAGCAAGGGAUUGUGAAAUCGGAAGAUAUCAAAGAAAGAUGGGCUAAACAUAGAAGAACAUCAAGAAGACGACGGCGCAAGGAUUUGUGGUGA